AUGUCAAGACGUGGUAGCACCCUCCCAAUAACAGCCGUUUUCCGAAUAUGGCUGUGUGACAGAUCCAUAUUAUCAAUACCCAUCUUUAUGGAUCGGACGUUCCAAGUUCCAGUCCGUAAAGGCAAAAGCUUUUCAAGGAUUGAUAAGAAUGAAAAGUGCUCUCUUUUUUCUCUCAUCACUAUCUCUCUCUCUCUUUCUCUCUCUCUCUCUCUCUCUCUCUCGCGCGCGCUCUCUUUCCUGAUUUAUCAAUAUUUUCGGAUUCCUUUCUCAGUUAUUCUCUCUCUACUCCUCACCCUCCUCCUUUUUCCUUUCAUUUGUAGUUUCGGCUUUCUUUCUUCUUUCUCGGUGAUUUUUUCUCUCUCUGCCUUUCUCUGUCUCUCUCUCUCUCUCUCUCUUUCUCUUUCUCUCUCUCUCUAUCUCUCUCACCUCAUCCUAUUCCUACUCCUCCUUUUUUCUUUUCAACCACUUAUUUCCUUCUUUUGUUGUUUCCUUUUUCUUUCUCGAUUAUUCUCUCUCUGCUCCUCUUCCUCCUUCUUCUCCUCAUUUUCCCCUUGUUUUGCAGUUUUGGUUAUUUUCUGUGUCCCUCUCUCUGAAGUUUCAGCUUUCUUUCUCGGUGAUCAUUUCUCUCUCUCUCCUCCUCCUCUUCCUCCUCCUUUUCCCCUUCCUUUACAGUUUCGCCUCUCUUUCUCGAGGAUUUUCUUUUUCUCUCUCUCACCACACUGCUCAAUCUCUUCCUCCUCCUUUCCCCUCGAUAUUUGCAUUAUAUUUCUUUCUCAGCUUUCUUUCUCAAUUAUUCUCUCUCUCUCCCUCCCUCCCUCUCUCUCUCUCCCUCCCCCUCUCUCUCUCUCUCUCUCUCUCUCUCUUCCAUGUUCGUUUGGUUUAUCUUUUUCUACCUUUACAACGACUGAGCAACGAGAUUAA